AUGGCAAACACUAAAGAAGAAAGUCCAGUCGACGGCUCCACUUUAUCCUCAAAUUCCAAUGUGCCUUCUCAGCCUAACAACCCGCUGUCGAGAAAGCUGAAUAAGAUCCUGGAGACCCGGCUGGACAAUGACAAGGAGAUGCUGGAGGCUCUGAAGGCGCUCUCUGUCUUCUUCACUGAGAACAGUCUGCGCACCAGGAGAAAUCUACGAGGAGACAUAGAGAGGAGAAGUCUGACCAUAAACGAGGAGUUUGCACGAAUAUUUAAAGAAGUUAAAGAGGAGCUGGAAAGUGUCCAUGAGGAUGUUCAGGCCAUGAGCACGUGCUGUGAAGAAAUGACCAAUAGAUUAAAGGCUGCAAAAGAGCAAACUCAAGACCUCAUUGUUAAAACAAACAAGCUGCAGGGGGAAAACCAACGACUUGAGGUGAGAGCUCAGGUGGCUCAGGCUUUCCUCGCCAAGUUCCAGCUGUCCAGCGAAGAAAUGGCCACACUGCGACGGGCUCGAGAUGCACCGGUUACAGAGGAUUUCUUCAAAGUUCUCAGCCGGGUUAAGCACAUCCACGAGGAUGUGAAAAUCCUCCUGCGAACCAACCAGCAAACUGCAGGGUUAGAGAUCAUGGAGCAGAUGGCAGUGUUACAGGAGACGGCAUAUGAGCAGCUUUACCGCUGGGCUCAGAAUGAAUGCAGAGGACUGACUCAGGAAACGUGUGAUAUCAGCCCCGUGUUGACUCAAGCCAUGGAGGCUUUACAGGAUCGACCUGUUCUCUACAAGUACACCCUGGAUGAGUUUGGGACCGCACGCAGAUGUGCUGUGGUGCGAGGCUUCAUUGACGCCUUGACCCGUGGAGGCCCGGGAGGUACUCCACGCCCCAUAGAGAUGCAUUCACAUGACCCUCUGAGAUACGUUGGGGACAUGCUGGCCUGGCUGCACCAAGCCACCGCCUCAGAGAAAGAGCAUCUGGAAGCGCUGCUAAAACAAGUCACUUUGCAAGGUGUCGGGGAGAACAUGCAAGAAGUGGUGGGACACAUCACCGAGGGGGUCUGCAGACCGCUGAAAGUGCGGAUAGAACAAGUCAUUGUGGCAGAGCCAGGCGCUGUCCUCCUUUAUAAGCUCUCUAACCUGCUGAAGUUCUACCACCACACUAUCAGGUCCAUCAUUGGAACCAGUGUGGCCUCCUUGCUCAUGACUAUUGAGGAAAUGCACCUCCUGAGCAAAAAGAUGUUCUUUAACAGCCUGAGCCUUCAUGCGAGCAGACUCAUGGACAAGGUGGAGCUGCCACCUCCAGACCUGGGACCUACGGCGUCGCUCAAUCAGACACUGUCGCUCCUCAGGGAGGUGCUCACAUCCCACGACUCCUCUGUCGUUCCCCUGGACGCCCGGCAGGCUGACUUUGCUCAGGUGCUUUCUUGCAUUCUGGAUCCUCUCCUGCAGUUAUGUACCGUCUCAGCCAGUAACCUCGGCACAGCCGACAUGGCUACUUACAUGGUCAACUCCCUGUAUGUCAUGAAGACCACGCUGGCUCUGUUUGAGUUUACCGACAAGAGGCUGGAGAUGCUCGAGUUCCAGAUCGAGGCUCACCUUGAUACGCUGAUCAACGAGCAGGCGUCCUACGUGCUGACCAGAGCGGGGCUCAGCUACAUCUACAACUGUGUGCAGCAGCACACAGCUGAACAGGGUCCUCUGUCUCUCCUCCCCAGCAUGGACAGCUCGUCGGUGAAAGCCGCGAUGGUCCAGUUUGAUCGGUACUUGUCGUCACCGGACACUCUUAUGAUGCCGCAGCUCAACUUCCUUCUGAGCGCAGCCAUCAAGGAGCAGAUUUUCCGUCAGUCAACAGAGCUGGUGUGCCGAGCCUACGGAGAGGUGUACACGGCUCUGACCAGCCCGGCAAACACCUACACGGACCCAGAAACCCUGCUGCCCAGGUCGCCUCAGCAGGUCCAGACAUUGCUGUCCUGAGAAACCUCUGCCCGCCUCGUCCGCUUCAAAGUUCCUACACCAGAUCUUUUUUUUUUUUUUUUUUUUAAAAGAGGCACGCCAUUUGUAAAGAAUAAUGGCAUAAAUGUAGAGGAAUAAAGGGUGACGCGUGCCGCUCCUGGAAAGCGUGGGACGUUGGAUCGCUGACGUCACAGAGGCGUCUGUAUAUAAAGCUGUGUGUGUGUGCCGGGAAUUAAAACUUUACAUGCAUGUGGUGUAA